UUUCGUGGCUGCCGCCGUUGGAAACUGACGGGACUUUAAGCAGUUGACCAAUCAGAAAGCGAUACCGCAUUUUGUCCAGAAUGAUGCUGGACGCCAGCAUGUAGUCUACGUCUAUGGAUAGAUUUGAAGGUUAGCAAUAUUUGAGCGGUAGAAAAAUUCUUGCCGAUUGCAUCAGUGGGCUGUGUUUAUUAGGUAAAAUCGUCCUUUCGACCGACUGAAUAAAGCGAAGAGACAGUUAACACAGUUGUAGCAUUAGAGGCAAACUAGAAAAGGCGUCACCCGGAACCCGGGCGGAUCUGAGCUGAGGUCCGACGCCAAUUUGGCCGACCAGAAUGAAGCUGGUCGACAACGUGGUGAGGAGUUUCAAGGUGGCGAAAGUCUUCCGCGAGAACACCGACAAAAUAAACAGUAUAGAUUUCUCGCCGAGCGGGGAUACCCUAAUAUCAUGUUCCGAGGACGACCAAAUAGUGAUAUACGAUUGCGAGAAGGGGACGCAAGUCCGAACGGUUAAUUCAAAGAAGUACGGGGUGGAUCUGAUUCACUUUACCCAUGCGAAAAACACCGCAAUACAUAGCAGCACAAAAAUAGACGACACGAUACGCUACCUCUCCCUCCACGACAACAAGUACAUUCGCUAUUUCCCCGGUCACACGAAAAAAGUGGUUUCUCUAUGCAUCAGUCCUAUCGAGGACACUUUCCUAUCUGGGUCUCUUGACAAAACAUUGCGCCUCUGGGACUUGAAGUCGCCAAACUGCCAGGGGCUGAUGCAGCUAUCGGGUCGCCCUGUCGCCGCCUAUGAUCCAGAAGGUUUGAUAUUUGCCGCCGGAGUCAACUCCGAGUGCAUAAAGCUCUACGACCUCAGGAGCUUUGACAAAGGACCGUUUGUCACUUUCACAUUGUCUCAGGAGAGGGAAUGCGAUUGGACUGGUCUGAAGUUCAGCAGAGACGGAAAGACCAUUCUUAUAUCCACAAACGGAAGCAUUAUACGGCUAAUUGAUGCCUUCCAUGGAACGCCGCUUCAAACUUUCACCGGGCAUUUAAACAACAAGGGGAUACCAAUCGAAGCCAGCUUUAGUCCGGACUCUCAAUACGUUUUCAGUGGAUCAACUGACGGCAGAGUUCAUAUCUGGAAUGCUGACACAGGGUAUAAGGUAUGCGUUCUCAACGGUGACCAUCCUGCACCUGUACAAUGUAUCCAAUUUAACCCCAAGUACAUGAUGCUCACCUCCGCGUGCACCAACAUGGCCUUUUGGUUACCAACCGUCGAGGAAACGGAGUGAAGAGGUUUAAUUCAAGAACUUUUGUAUACGAUGUACAAAGUCAGCUGGCAAAAAAGGAGGAAACCUUGGCCAAGAUGAAAAUCAGACGUACUGUACUUGUUAGCUGUACUUGUUACAAGUACUGCGGUGAAGAAAAUGGGCCUUUUCAUCCAAUAAAAAAAUUGCUGCGCUAUUAAUGAAUUCAGGGAUGUUCCAACAUUGAACACUGUUAAAUAAUAUUGUACACGGUCCCUUACAAUUAAUUUUGCUAGUAUUAGAUCAUACCUUCAAUACGUGUGCUCAGAAUUUUUAUGUCAAGUUGUUUACAUCGAAUGGGGUACAUGAACAGGGUGAAUACCUUUGCAUCUUUGUAAACAUCCUAAAUUCCAGGACUUUACGUUUGGAAAAUAAUAUAUUGAACCAGAAAAUAGCAAACAAGUACCAGCAGAAAGUAAUUAUAACAAGGAAACGUGUUUUGAAAAUAAUCAGAACCUAUGCAUUUGAUUCAAGAUUUUCUUGAGUACUCUAUUCACAUGAAAUGAUGAGCUUUUGCAAUUUUUCACGCAUUUGACAGUCAUUGAUAAUUAUCAGAUGAUCAUAUUAAUUUGAUUUUGGCUCAGGUACAGUACUUUGAUUAAAAAGUACAUUGACCAGAGCAGUGAUCGUUUGUCUUAGUUGUCCACAAUUUUUUUUCGGUAUUUUCAUUUUAUUUUAUUUUUACAAGAACCUCAGGUAUACGUGAGUUGUGUACGAAACAAGGCGUUCAAUCGUUUUGAAGUACAACCUCAUUCUGCACUUUUAAUGCAAAUUGAUCUCCAGAAAUCACUACAGAAAAAUAACACAUUCUGCUGACCAGCCAGCUGCAUCUAUUGUUUUCCAUGAAAAAUUGUAUUCAUUAUCUAUGUAUGAUUCUCAACAUGAAAUUGCAUUAUAAAUGUGGAAUAACGUGUAUAUUUAUAAUCUUGACAAUGAACUUCCGAUGCUUAUUUAUCAUCUCAUAUCUCUAUAAUGUUUCGGUUCUUCAGACAUAUGGAUACAUCCUUGUACAUGACUGAUAGAAAAAUUAGUCAAACCUAAACAUUGAUAUAUGCAUACAUAUGUAUAUUUAUGUUUGGAAAUAUUAUAAUCAUCAGUUGAAGAUUACCCCGAAAAAAUUUUAAGAAGGAAUCAUUUUAAAUCCACAAGGUACUAGCUCUUUACCUAUUUGAGUUUACACUUCUGGAAGUAGAGCAACCUUUAUAUACCACAACUGACAAGCAAAAAAUUGCAAGAAUAACAAUGCUGGUCCCCUCGGUGAUAUAUUUUAUAGUCUUAUUGAUACAGAGACAUUCAAUAAUAUUUAAAUGCCAAAAAAUUUAUCUGAGUGCGGAAUAAUUUCUGCAGUGGUAGUCUGGGGUUUGCGAUUAUGUUUGUACGAUAUGAUACCACCGUAGUUUAAUAAUGUAACUAACGAGUUAACAAGAUAGUAUAAGACCUAAAGAAAGCUCCUCCAUUUUCUGUGUAAAUACCAUACACUAAUGUUUCCAUUAGACUUCUAAUACUAUAAAUAGUUUUAUAUUAGAAUAACUUUUAUUAUCUCUUUGGCACGUGUGCUUGUACAAUUAUGAAGUGUGGGUUUCGUGCGAAAGGCGUGAGCGAAUGUUCUGUAAAAUAAUAUUUUAUAACGGCAUAUGUGUAAUUCUAAUAAGAAUAUUUGAAAAUUGUGUAAUAAAUAUUAUGUGUUAUU